AAAAAAAAAAAAAAAAGGUUCUACAUCUUUCUCACUACCUCAGGUACCAUCUAUACCUACCUUGCUUUCUGUAUAAAGAGAAGCAGAGUCAAGACCAAUUCAUCGUACUUUUGCUCUUCCACUCUGUAAGCAAUAACACAUCAGUUCUCUACUCUUCACUCAAAUGGCAAAGGUACCACCAGAAGAAGAACACCCUGUGAAGGCUUUUGGGUGGGCCGCUAGAGACCAAUCUGGCCAUCUCUCUCCUUUCAACUUAUCUAGAAGGGAAACAGGGGAUGAGGAUGUGAGGUUUAAGGUGCUGUAUUGUGGAAUAUGUCACUCCGAUCUUCACAGCAUCAAGAAUGAUUGGGGCUUCUCAUUCUACCCUCUUGUUCCUGGGCACGAAAUUGUUGGGGAAGUGACAGAAGUAGGGAGCAAGGUGAAUAAAGUUAAAGUUGGAGACAAAGUGGGCGUAGGAUGCAUGGUUGGUGCAUGUCACUCCUGCGAGAGCUGCAAAAAUGACCUUGAAAAUUACUGUCCCAAAGUGAUACUCACUUACAAUUCCAUUUAUCAUGAUGGAACAUUCAACUAUGGAGGCUAUUCAGACACAAUGGUAGCUAAUGAGCGCUACAUAGUUCAUUUCCCAGAAAAUAUGCCACUUGAUUCUGGUGCUCCACUACUCUGUGCUGGGAUCACAGUGUAUAGCCCCUUGAAAUAUUUUGGUUUAGCCCAACCUGGUAAGCAUAUUGGGGUUGUGGGCUUAGGUGGGCUUGGUCAUGUAGCUGUCAAAUUUGCUAAGGCUUUUGGGGCAAAAGUGACUGUAAUUAGUACCUCACCUAGCAAGAAGGAUGAAGCUUUGGAACAUCUUGGUGCUGAUUCUUUUUUGGUUAGCCGUGAUCCAGACCAAAUUCAGGCUGCCAUGAACACAAUGGAUGGUAUUAUUGAUACUGUUUCUGCAGUGCACCCCAUUUUACCAUUGCUUGGUCUAUUGAAGUCCCAUGGAACGCUUGUCAUGGUGGGUGUACCGGACAAGCCACUUGAGCUACCUGUGUUUCCGUUGAUUUCGGGAAGGAAGAUGGUUGCCGGGAGUGGCAUUGGAGGAAUGAAAGAGACGCAAGAGAUGAUUGACUUUGCAGCAAAACAUGGCAUCACGGCAGACAUUGAGGUUGUUUCAAUGGAUUAUGUGAACACCGCAAUGGAGCGUCUUGCUAAGAAUGAUGUUAGAUACAGGUUUGUCAUUGACAUUGGAAACACCUUGGCUGCUACCAAGCCUUGAAGAAAUAGCUUUGUGUCUUAAUUAAUUUUCUUUUAUUGUUCCAAUGUUCCAUGGUUUUUUUGGUUGGAUGGGGUGGUAUUGAAUUUAUUAUGUUUUGCUGGGUCUCUACCAUAAGCCUGUCCUUCAAACUUUCAUAUAAUGUGUAAUAAAUAAAAUAAUAUAUAUAUGGAUGUUUAUGUUGAAGGAUUUAAAUUUAA